AUGCUGCAGCUUGGCCAGUCUUCAGUUCUUCCACAUCCAAUUGAUAAUGAUUCUCAUGACAGGAUUGUCCUUUGCAUGAGAUUGCUAUGCAAUACUGGUGAUGAGAUAAGGAAGAUAUGGCUGCAAUCUUGCAGGCAGAGCUUUGUGAAAAUGCUUACUGAUAAGCAGCGCCGUGAGACAGGGGAGAUUAAAGCAAAGGCUCAAAUUUAUAAUGCACAACCUCAUGACCUUAUUGAUUUCUACCAUUUAAAGAGCAGAAAGGGCAUGAGCAAACUUGAGCUGGAAGAUGAGGUUCAGGAUGAUCUCAAACGUGCUACUGGAGAGUUUACAAAGGAUGCAGAUGAUUUAUGA